AUGGAGGAGGAACCAGGAAGUGAAGGAGACGGAGACACAAUAAUCGAUUCACCACUCGCGAGAUGGAGAAUCGAAUUCUCAAAGUCAUUUCAGAAUUACUUGGACAGAUCUGCUCCUCACUUUGUUCGAAGAUGGCUAGUGACUUUACUCGCUGCAGUGAUCUAUAUCUCUAGGGUUUACUUUGCUUACGGGUUCUUCGUCAUUUCUUAUGGUCUCGCUACUUACAUCUUAAACCUCUUGAUUGGUUUCCUAUCUCCUAAAGUCGAUCCUGAGCUUGAAGCUUUAGAUGGUGCUUCUUUGCCUAAUCAAGAUUCUGAUGAGUUUAAGCCCUUUAUUCGUCGUCUUCCCGAGUUCAAGUAUGCAGCUACUAAGGCAUUUGUUGUUGCAUUUGUUAUGACUUUCUUCUCCUUUUUGGAUGUUCCUGUCUUCUGGCCAAUCUUGCUGUGUUACUGGUUGGUUCUGUGUUUUCUCACUAUGAAACGCCAAAUUGUGCAUAUGUUCAAGUAUGGAUACAUUCCUUUCGACAUUAGAAAGAAGUUUAAGAGUCCUCAAGUGUUGGUUUUUGUUGACAGAGGCAUGGUGGAGGAAAUGAUAAGCCUAGUAGCAGCAAGUCAUCUCAGGGUCGAGAUGGAAAACCGGCCUAGACGUGAAUCGUGGACCAGGGGGAAAAAAGUGUUCUUUACAACUCUUGGACUUGAGGGCAUGGUUUGGAUUGUACUGUGGACAACUAGUAACACAGAGAUAAAGCAGACAAUGAUCCAAAUCCACUGA